AUGGUUCAACCUACUCGGCCCCCGAGCAACCGAUUCAACGCCCUUGCUCGUCGUAUCUAUAAUCCUCUCGGCUUCAGCAAAGCCUACAACUUCAUUCUAUUCUUCAUCUUCAACGGCGCCCUUCUCGGAUUUACCCUCGCUCGUUUCCAAUACCUCGACUUCAGUGGCGUCUUCUGCUCCGGCGGAGCCAACGGCGCCUCUCCAGGUGAAUGCUAUUACUACGUCCAGAACUUCUACCGAAUUGGCAUCACACUGCACCUGGGGGGCAUCUUGCCCGCCGCGUUCCUCGCAACACUGCAGUUCGUGCCGGCCAUCCGGCACAAGAUCAUCCUGUUCCACCGCAUCAACGGAUACAUCAUCAUCCUGCUGGUGUUGGUUGCCAACGCAGGCGCGCUGAUGAUAGCGCGCCACGCAUUCGGCGGCGGGAUGGACGUGCAGGCUGCGGUAGGCAUGCUGGCCAUCCUCACGACAGGCUCGCUAGUUCUGGCGUUCGUGAACAUCAAAAGGUUGCAGAUAGAGCAGCACAGGGCGUGGAUGCUGCGGGCGUGGUUUUAUCUCGGCGCCAUCAUCACAACCCGCCUCGUCCAGAUCACCGCUGCAACCGUCGCCACCGCCAGUCGCAACUACUUCAUGGCUGAGCCGUGCGCGAAGCUUCUCUACACUUUCGACAACUCGACCCAAGACCUGCUUGACGCCUUCCCCGACUGCGCCGACUACGUCUCCGGCCAGGACCCGGGCCGCUUCGCGCUCGUCCGCGCCGAUAUGGGAGGCGGUCCUGGCGGUGCGGCGAGCAUCGGCGCGGCGUUGAGUGUUGGGUUUGGGAUGUCGUUGUUCGUUGCAUUGACGGUGCAUGCAAUUGGGGUGGAGGUUUAUCUCCGACUCACGCCGCGCGAGCACGAAAGACUGAGGAACGUCUCGUACCAGAGACAGCUGGAGGCUGGCAUGAAGAACCCGGGGAGCGCCGGCUUGACUGCUGAUAGGCUCGGCGAUGCGGAGCCAUGGGUGCCGGAGGGCGCAAGGGUGGUGGAGAAGCAACAUCAGUCGCUUGCGAGUGAUACAUCGCUUUCUGGUGCGGGUGAGCAGGGUCACUGA